AUGGCUCGCAUUCAGGACUUCGAGGGUAUGCAAUACUCUCGCACCGGCGAUGAAUCCGAGCAGCUGGACUACGCGUUCUUUAACCAACAAUAUGCAAGUUCAACGUACCAAAAGGAACACGACAUGAACCCCAGCCUCAUCGUCCGUCCCAAACAUGACGAAGACGUAAUCAGGGCCGUAAACUGGGCGCGCGACAACAAAGUUGCCGUUGCCGUCAAAAGCGGUGGUCACCAGUACUCCGGUGCAUGCUCUACCUCCGGGAACAAUAUUCAGAUCGACCUUUCCAACACCUACAAAGAUCUGAUGGUCCUCAAACCCAAGGACCCCGUCGCCGAGGAUCGCACCCUUGUUUACAUGGGCGUGAGUACCACAAUGAUGGAACUCAACCAAUACCUCAAGCAUAACAAACUCUUCGUCCCGACGGGCCAAUGCGCUUCUGUCAACGUCGGUGGACAUGGUCAGACCGGGGGCUACGGCCAGCUUGGCCGUAGCUUUGGUCUCUUCGGCGACAGCAUCAGAACCAUCCGCCUUGUUCAACACGAUGGCGUCAUCCGCGAUGUUACCAAGAAUAACAAUCCGGAUCUGUUCUAUGCUAUUCUUGGCGGAAGCCCAGGCAACUUUGGCAUCAUCACGCAUUACAUCCUCGAGGUGUACAAGUCGAAGAGUUACCUGGGCACAGUGGCUGGCCCAAAUAACUUCAAGGGGCCACACGGCAUCAAGGCGCUCUGGAUUUACUCCCGCGAAGUCCUCGAAAAGCUACUCACAGCUGUGGCCAAGAUGGCCGCUGAUCCUACCUUUCCCCGCGGCUUUGACCUCUGUGUGAGUGUCCUGAGUACAGAGUUCCCCAUCACCACGCUCUUCCAAGAGUUGAAUGACGCAACGGUCUGGGAACGCGUGCAAGCCCACAUUAGGAAGGUUCUCGAGGAUAAGUUCCUGGACUUCUUGAACGGCAAGUUCCCCGCUUCAAUCAUCCUCUACGCACAAUGGUGUCCCACCAGCAAGGAGGACAAGUACGACGCCAAAGUAGACGCCUGGUUCGACAACUUCCGCCAGCUCAAGAGCCGCCUGGAGGAUGAGAUGCUACAAUUUGGCGAGUUCGAUAUGGAAAUGUCGGAUAUGACAGGCCAGUGGCUCUUCCCCAAGGAGCGCGAGUUCGAUCUGCCGUACGUCAAGCGUGUCUAUUCGACCAACUCGACCACUCUCCUCAAGGACGGGUGGGUCAAAGACGUCGUGGACCGGAUUGACCUCAUCUACAACCCGAAGCAGUACCUCGACGGUCAGCCUGGCGAGAAGAACUACGAGCGGUACCUACGAUGCAAGUUGUCGGUGCAAAUCCAGUGCUUCGGCGGGGAGAAGUCGCAAUUCUAUGCCAACAGGAACAAUGGCACCUCGUACAGCUGGAGAGACACGACCGUCUGCCAGACGCUGGAUUGCUUUCACGAGGCGGACGCUGAGUCGAAGAAGUAUGCCGAUGCGUGGCAGGCGAAGAAUGAUGCUGUGAUGAAUGGACCGGACAGCUCAUUCAGUAAACAGGACAGACGUCUUCUCUGGGGCUCUCAUGGAGAUUGGAACCUUGGAGAUGAGAAGGUUUGGAGGUGUUACUAUGAGGAUGAGCAGAAGUAUCGGAGGCUUGGGAGGGCGAGAGCGAAGGCAGACCCGAACGGAACUUUCACGGCGAACCCGUUCGCUGUGACGGCAGUUCAUGAUUCCACUUAA